UCUACACUAGUCCUGGCCCGCUUCCUGCUUAAAAUUUGAAGAUGUUGGUUGUUGGUCUCAAAGAUUUAUUUAGCAAUGGCCGAUGUCUUGCAGCUAGAAAGUGGUGCUGCAGUGCGCAAGAAUGAUCAUUCAGCAAGUUGGCACGAUCGUAUACGCAUAAAAUUUUGCGAUUGCUUGUAGCAACCGUGACACAAGUGAUGCCGUAUCAGCACGGUUAAAUGAUGUUUUCAUUGUAGCCAUCUCUACGCAAGCGAUCAAAUGCUGUCUGGGAUAAGUAAGAGCUUACAUAUAAGCUGAGUAACACUCAUAAGCACAUGCCCACACAAAGCCGAGUUGUGACCAUUUUCCGUCUUGUAAGCUAGAGGUUGCCACCAUCAUCCAAAUAUUCGUCUUUAUCAGUCCUGCAAGCUGCCGUAACUUAGGCGCAUUAAUAAGGAUAUUCGAGUAUUAUAUAAGAGUUAAUUUAUCCCUUUGCCGACUUGUGGAUACGCUUGUAUAUCAAUUGAAUGCCGCAGGCCGCGACAAAUUGCACAGUUGUGUUGCGGUCGGCCAAUGACACACGCAAGCACACGCUUCUUAAACAGCAAUUCUUGUGAGUAAAGGCAAAAAUAGACCUCGAGGUACUGCAAUUCGGCCAUACGUUGCAUUUGCAAGUUUCAAAAUCCUUUCAGCAUAAUCCACAAGAAUGAUAGAGUGUUGCUCACUGUGCUGAUGUAUAGAUUUUAUUCACCAGGCAAUAUUAAGACUUGAAGAUCCCACAUUUUCAUACUAUCAAUGUUCUCGGGAAUUAAUCAAGACGAAAAGCUGCAAUUUAGCAGUGUAUUUGACCUCGCGCCAUUAACGACUAUUUCAGUGCCGCGAAUAUCGGUCAAGAUAGUGUCGGCUGUACAUGCCAAAUGACAUAUACCUUGAUCAUCAAUUUUUAACGCAAUUCUGAGUCGUUGUUCCCUCACUUGAAUCUAAUUGUGUCAUGAGCAUAUUAAUUUCAUUAGGUCCGUUGCGAGCUUUUUUCAUUUCGCGCAACAAUGUACCAGGGGUUAAAUAACAAGAUUCCGGCUUUGUACACACGUUGUGCUGGUAGAAUUCAAGAAAUGGCAUUAUAAGCUCCGCCGGGGAUCCUUGUCACCCCGUCUUCAUCGCUUUGUUUGACGCGACAAAAACCUCCACGUGUUAACAAGCUUGGACCUUUUGAUCCAAUACUCACCUUUGGUAAGGUUUUUAGUGCUUUCAGCAGCGUCGAUGCAAUCACAAGCAGCAUAUUAUCAUUUCCACUCAUCUCCAAUUAAAAUUUUAUCAAAGUUUGGAGAUAUACCACCGAGUACCAGCUGCAACAUGUUUUUCCAGACUUUUGUAAUCUCAUAUAGCACGAAAGACGCGAUACUGAACCAGAAUCCCCACUCUGAGCCACGCCACCUCAUCUCGAAGCUUUAAUCAAAAUCAAAGGCCGUUGGGCGAUUAAUUAUGGUCACAGCGAAAAAAAAAUGAUGGUAGAUGCGGACGUAUCUUUACUAUCAUGCUGGUUAAGAUACGUGUCAUUAUACUAGUUAUCUUAAAUAAGCUUAUCUUAAAAAGUACUUAAUAUCUUCUAGAGCGUGGAAGAGUCGAG